AUGUCUAUGUCUUCAGAACUCACCAGCGUUAUUCAGCAGGCGUGCGGACCUCAGCACACUGCAACCGUGUUUUUUCUUCACGGACUUGGUGACAGUGGUGAAGGAUGGGCUCCAGCCGCUGACCAGAUCAGGAAGGCGAUGCCACACGUUAAAUUCAUUCUGCCGAAUGCUCCAGUCCGACCCAUUACUAUCAAUGGCGGUUAUCACAUGCCCGGCUGGUUCGAUAUAUUUGAAUUAGGACAUCUCGAAAGGAUGCUCGGUGCGGGCGAAGAUGAGGCCGGAAUUUUAAAUUCAAUGACUUCUAUAAGCAGGCUCAUACGUGACGAAGUCAAUUCAGGGAUCCCUGCACAACGUAUUGUUGUUGGUGGGUUUUCUCAGGGCUGUGCAAUCGCUUUGGCCACUAGCUUGACUUCAGAAUAUAAAUUUGCUGGAAUAAUAGGACUGAGCGGAUUUGUCCCUUCGAGAAACAAGAUUCUAUCGAUGGCAGCGGAUGCAAAUAAGACCACUCCUAUAUUCCUUGCUCACGGUAACGCAGACGAGGUUAUUCCGUUCGAAAUAGGAAAGAUGACAAGCGAGCUGCUCACAAGUAAAGGAUACAACGUAACGUUCAAAAGUUACCCCCGCUUGGGUCACACCUUCGGUACAGCUGAGGCUCGAGAUAUGACUGCCUUUUUGCAGCAGGUCAUACCAUAUUAG